AUGCAUUCUUACAAUGAUCCAACAUGUUCUUUGCCCACCUCUCUUUGUCUUCCACCCAUGGAAUGUAAUCAGCCCUGUGAGCGUUCUUAUAAUAACCCUAAAUGUGUUCUUCUUGUCACAGCUGAAAAUAACGAGUGUCUGCAUUCUUCGUGGGUUCCAAAUUAUGACGUAUUUCUUAACCAUCGUGGUGCAUAUGUGAAGGAAAGCAUAGGUAGCCUAAUAUUUUAUAAUCUUGAGAAUAAGGGAUUGAAGGUCUUCUUUGACAAGAAUUCAAUCCAAGUUGGAAGCAAAAUACGUCAGUCACUAGAGGACGCUAUUUACUCUGCAUCUCUACAUAUUGUCAUUAUUUUUGCUAACUAUGCAGAGUCGAGUUGGUGCUUGAAAGAGUUCAAUCUGAUCUUCAAGACUGGAGCUCCCAUCGUACCAGUAUUUUGUGGAGAAGAGCCUUCGGAAAUUCGAAUGAAAGAUAAAGAUGGUAUGUAUGCUCGAGCCUUCCAAAAGCAUAGGCAAUCUGGGAAUUUCGAGUCUCAUACAAUUGAAGAAUGGAGGAAGGCACUUGAUGAGGUUUCAUAUAUUAAAGGCUAUAAUGUUGGUGUUAUUACAUUAGUUUAG